GUAAACGGAAGUGAGCAGUGACCAAGACUACCUUAGCGGUUCUAUAGUUAUUUCGACAUUUAUUAACUCAAAAUAAGACAUAUAAUUUCAUAGCAACACCUACCUACCACAGGCAGUCUUUAAUUCGCGUUAGGGACUGCACUUGGUUAAUUGAUGUGUUAUUUAGGUAACGCUAGCUAGCUGCUAAGGUUAACUAACAAUGGCUAACUGUAAUGGUAACGUUAUGGUUUUUCACACUCAAAUAGCCUCCAUCAUGGAGGUGCUAGCAAACGCAGCCGUGGCAGAGAUCUGUAAACUCGUAGACGACGACUAUGCAGUGUGUCGUUUAGAAAUAACUCAAAGCCAAAAAGAAAACAGGACAUUGCGGAGGAAACUACAGCUACUGGAACUGAAGGUGUCACGGGAGCGCGCAGAGAGGACAAUGCGAGAGCGUGUCCUCGGCAGCCGUCCCAGAAGUGUCAAGAUCCUCGACCGAUACAGAGGAAUGGCAAGAGGUGAAGUACAUCUCACUGAAGGCCACAGGAGCUUUGUGAAGCCAGCAGGACACAGUACAUGGACAGAUGAACAACCAAUCACUGUUGAUGAGGGGAGUGGAACCUCAACCCAGCACGUUAUCGUGAUAGAGUCUGCAGAUGCAGAUGCUGCAGGUGCUGGAGUCAAGCAAGAGAGGACUGAGGGACAGAAGGACACACAGCACAGCAGAGACAUCCAGACUGGAGAGUCUGGUGCGCCCCCUGUAGCCACGGAGAAUCCCACUACCACCCCAACACAGCCCAGGACCCGACACAGCAUCACGGAGGAGGGUUCAGAGGUGUUGCUGGUGAAGGAGGAGGGGUGUGAGGAGAGUCUGGGGAACCCUGAGGGGACCAUGGUCAUGGAGGACAACGAGACUACACCUCCUCUUGAACCCACAGAGGAACCAGCUGAGCAGCACAGGAACACACACAGUCUCACUGAGUCAGAAGACAUGGAGGAUGGGACGCCUGACCUGCUGCUGGUCAAAGAGGAGACGGUAGAAGACGGACCAGAGAGCAUUGACCUGCAGAGUGAACUAAAGAUGGGGGAGCAAGGUGGUUGGCUGGAGGCUAAUAGAGGAGACUGGGCAACCAUCUUGGAUUCCCAGACCCUGACCGGUGCAGCCAAGAGCCCAGGGGACGACAUCACUGAGCAGGUCAGGACCAGAGGUGACAUAGUGGAGUCUGCAGUCGAAGAAGAUCUGCUGAUAUCCAGUGUUACUGGUGGGGGAGAGUGGACCUCUGAAGUGGCUGAUCACCAACCCUGGCCCCGGAUCAGGAUCCUGAACCAGGAGCCUUCCCUCUUCCUUUCUGAGUCAGAACCAGGACCCAAACGCGAGUUUGAGAGACUCCACCACCACACAGAACACAACCAGUGGACAGGUGGACUGAACAACCUCAGUCCUGGUGGUCAUCAGAGAGACGGAGGCUCCAGUCAGGGAUCCAGUCUGCAGCCCAGACCCUUCUCUUCACAGUCUCAGUGCAGGGAUGAGGCAGGGCCUGGGGCUGAUAGAGAGAGAUCCUCCUUUUCAUAUGAUGCAAACACCAUAGUAUCCAUGAUGAAUAGAGCAGGUCACCCUGGGCGUCAGCCUUCACAGAGAGUGGUGGGAGACCGCCCUGGUGGUAGUCUUUCAGGAAGUCGGUCUUCUCCUUCAGGGUCUCAUCUAAUGUCUGGUGACUGGGUUCAUAGAAGGCCUGGACCUGGGUCUAGCCUUCCUCAGCUGCCUCAUGGUAACCCCACAAAUGCAGACAGGGUCAGGAUAGGUGUUCACCAUGAGAGGUACCUAGCCUAUAACACAGCACACAAUCCCAACAACACCCAAACAAUGGCUAGAGGAGGUAGCUCGAAGUUGGCUCAAGGAGGUAGCUCAAAGUUGGCUCCUACUUCUCCCUCUACCUCAUCUGGUGUCAUUGGGUCACAACGUGGGAGGCCGAGCAUUAAGACGGAUGCCGACAAGCCGUAUGCCUGCCCCACGUGUGGAAAGCGCUUCGCUCAUGCGAACUAUGUGAAGCAGCACCAGACUGUUCACACCAAGGAGAGGCCCUUCAUGUGCAAGCUGUGUUACAAGAGCUUCUCCUUUCAGAGUAACCUUAUCAAACAUAGGAGUGUCCACAAUGAGGAGAAGUCAUAGCCGUGUGGCUUAAGAUGUAUACAGGGGAUGUCUGGGAACCAUUCUUUAGCUGACAUAUUAUAGUUAUCAUAUCGUGAAGUGUCUUGCGGUAAGAGGGUUUUUUGGAUUACUAAGUCCCUCAGCGCUGUUCAAUGUCAGUCCUGGAGGGCCAAAACCCUUCUGGGUUUCAUCUUCUCCUAAUAAGGGACUAAUUUAGACCUAGGACACCAGGUGAGUGCAAUUAACUACCAGGACUGAACAGUAGUUAGUUUUGUACUAAAUAAAUAGGUGAGCAAAUUUGUUAAUAAAUGAGAUAUCAUGUUG